AUCGCGUCCGGAUUUACGAUAAUUUAUUUAAAAAUGAGAUUUUGAAGUAUUGGGGCUCUCUGAUAUCCUAACGCAUUGAUUUGGGGUUUGCAUUGUCAAAAUCUGGUCAGAAUUGCGCAGAUAUCGCCAAAAUGCCUGGUAAGAAGCAGUCUGCUCAAGCAGAUCUUGUCGUCAACACCAAGGACAUUGCAUCAGAAAUCGAGGAUCUUCCAGCUGAGGAGCAGAAGUUACGCGCCCAAACACUGUUUGAUGAGUUUUACAAUGAGGCGGCUCAGCCAAAGUCUGCUUCAGGCAAUGCCUGUAUAAAGCUUUGCGGAUUUGUUGACAAUGCCUCCAAGUCGUCGAGUAUGCAGGUCCAGCAAUGGGCCUUUUCGGGCCCGACCACAGAAAAGCUCUUCACAUUCUACAUGGACUGGAACGAAUACGAUCACCACCGCUCCAUGAAACUCGUGCUUGAUCUCGUUGCGCACUUGCUCACUAAGAACCCGAGCGAGCAGGAUGCUGUGGCGACGACAAAGUCGCUGGUGCACAGCCUGGUGGCAAUUAUCCUAGGCAAGUCGACUAAGCCAGUAGCAAAGUCGGCUAUGAAGACUUUGGAGCACUUCCUCGUGAAAAAGGUUGUUUCUGCCGCCGAAGUACGUGAAUGCUAUCGAUCAUUCAACCUGGCCUCCAAGGACUGCAAGGCUAUCGAUGUUUGGGGUAGCUUCAUGGUCGACCUGUUCAACUGGAUGAGACUGCACUUUGUGUCGCCUGCAGCUGGAAAACUGAUUCUCUGCAUAUAUCGCCAGCUGCGCCAAGGCGCUGAUGGAGUAGAGGGCACACCCUCCAUUGAGAAUUGGCACUCGUGGCUUCUCGAGUUCCUCAACAGGGAGCCUGAGCAUCUCGAGCGUGUGAAGAACCAUGUCUUCUUGCCGCUCUUCACCGCGGAUCGUAAAGAGGCAUUAGUAUUCCUGCAGCGCAUGGCUGAAUUGAAGCCUGUCUCUGGUGCCGCGGGUGUUGACACACCUGCUCUGCUGCAACUUGCUGUCCUUGAGAUUGGUAAGAAGGCUGGGCUUGUUGAAGAGCCUGCCCUGGGACACGACGACACAUCAGAGGACUCGAAGAAGGAAAUCGACUGUGUUAUGAUCCGCGAAGACGUCCUGGAGACUGUCCUGGCCUAUCCAUCAAACGCUGUGCGCUCGCUCGCGUUUUCUACCCUCAUUGCAUCGCCAUCUACCACCAAACCGUACUCGGAGACUGCGCUCUCUCUGCUGCGAAAGCAUAUGGGUGCCUUCUUCGCAGACUCUGACGUUAAAUUCAGAGUUGAUGUGUCCGCUGCAGCACGAGACAUGUUUCGCCGCGUUCGUGGCGCCAUCUUUGUUCUCAAAAGGAGCAUCCCGCGAGCAAGAGCAAAGGCUGCAAAGAAGGCAAAGGCCCUUCAAGGCGUUACAGACUCUACUGAGCAAGCCAACGUACCGGGUCCUGUUCUGUAUAGAGCCAAUCUGGUGUCUCUUCCCGAUGAUCAGCUUGUAUACUGCCUCCGCUACCACGAGGAUUUCCUGCACUGGUACAUUGGCUUUCUCUGCUCCGAAUUAAUCCCAACAGCCUCUUACCAGCGACAUAUUACAUCCCUGAAGGCGCUGAUGUACAUCUUCCGUUUGGAAGGCAACCAAUCCAAAGCAUGGGAGACAGACGACGACCAAACUCUCUUCUUCGACAUCUUUGACGAGAAAUGGACAAGAGCGCUCUUUGAUCUGCUAAUGGAUCCCUUUGAUGAUGUUCGCGAUGCUGCAUCCAACGUCCUCAAGGCCCUCCUCUCCGAUAAAAGAUACCGCAAAAUGCUUACAAACGCAUCUGGCAAUACCAUUAGCAUACCUGCCGCCCUCGAGCACCUGGCUUCGAUAGCUGGGGACCUGGCGAGCAAAACAUCCCGUGCAGACCACGCCGAUGGUGUUGCCCGCAUCCGCCAAUUACUCUACAGAUUCUCAACCGACCAAGAUGAGCGUGUCGGUCUCCUUCUACGUCUGACGGGAGAGUUGGACCGCAAGAUCUCCAUUGCUGAACAAGAUCUCGGCGAGGCUGUGCGCCAGGUACCUGUACAUGGCGACUUUGCUGCUCUCUGCAGCACAUGGCAAGUAGUAGCCGAGCUCAAGAUGACGGAUAGCGAGUUGGUGGUUAUGCGCGAGAUCCAAGAAACCCUUGUCUCGCUGUGCCAGCGUAUCUGGGCUGCAGUCAAGGACAUUCUCUGCGACGAUUCGCCAGAGGGCCAUCUUCCCCUACAUCUUGAAGAUAUGGAAGGCCUCGACACCAAGGGCUUGAUCAGCUACAGCUUCCGCGCCACGCACGAGUCCAGCAACUUCAUGAAGACAAUAAUUCUGACUCUGCGAAACCGAAGCCGCGCUGGCUCGUUAACUCCCUCCACUCGCGUCUUCCGCGAUGUUGGCGAUCUUACCUUUGAACAACUGUCUAACUUAAGACAUCGCGGUGCCUUUACUACCGUCUCUUCUACAUUUAGUACUUGCUGCCAGCUGAGCAAGCACUUGGAUAAUGAAGAAGAUAAUGCCGAUAUUCUCAACCUGUGGUAUGGAAAAACUAUGGAAACUAUUUAUACCCAAGUUUCUACCACUAGACGUUCGGCUGGUAUUCCAUCUCUUAUCACAGGUAUCCUGGCCGCCAACUCAGACAGCCCGUCCUUUGAUCAGGUCAUGCGCAAGCUGAUUGAAAUCGCCCGGAUUGAGGCGCGCGUAACCGAAACAGACGACGAGAGACUUCCCCAAGUUCAUGCCUACAACUCCAUCAAGGACAUCUUCCGCAACUCGCUGUUGACAUCGCAAGGCAACAAAUCGGAACAGUAUCUUCCUGAAUGCGUCGAACUUGCUGCCAGCGGAUUAAAGUCACAAGUCUGGGCUAUUCGAAACUGCAGUCUGAUCCUUCUUCGCAGUCUGAUUGACUGUCUCUUUGGUAACCAUGAGAACAAGUCCACCAUUGAAGCUGGCUGGGACGGAAAAGCAAACCGUAUCCCCUACCAUCGCUAUCCCAGUCUGCCAGAGGUUCUCAAGAACUUGUUAGAGUCAGGCCAUAAGAUGAUGAGCCAGAAUGCCAAUGUCACAAUGGCGGCCGAGUCCGUCUUCCCGGCGUUAGAUAUCAUUCGCCGAGCUGGACCUCCAGAGAUGCUUCGAAGCGAGAUCCAGACGCACAUCACACAGUACCUAUCCAGCCCGGUUUGGCAUGUCAGGGAAAUGGCUGCCCGAACAAUCUGCUCGUGUUUGCUUCAUGAAGGCUGGUUGAAUUCUCUUGAGACAAUCUUUUCCGAGGCCCUCACUGGCAAGAGAGACCAAAACUUUGUCCAUGGUGCUCUCCUGUGUCUCAAGUUUGUCUUUGAACGAUUGUCUGAAGUCAAUAUUGAUUUGGUCCUUGGUAAUCUUGCUGUGCUCGUUGAGAAGCUGCCUACCUACGAAAUCGAAACCAGCUAUCGCAGUUGCCCCGAUGUAGUAGCAGCAUAUCUGGAGGCCAUCAACUUGAUCUGGACUUUCCAGCGUUCACGAUCUCUACCAAUGCUGCCAGCGCCAGUCAAGAUCGCUAGCGGCCCUGAAUCCGCCCUAUUCCGCGGCCAACAUAUUAUCCAUCUGCUUUUAUCUUCAACACAGAGCAACGAUGCCGUUAGUGAGCUACGAUCGGUGCUCAUUGAUUCGCCCAUCGGAUCCAACACUCUGCUUACAGCCUUGGGGAGCUUGUCUGACUUGUGGGAUCUGACUACCGCAUCAGAUUCCAUGCUCACCGACCUUUGCAACCUCUACAUUGACAUUUCUCUCACACAAUGCCCUGCCGACGUCAAAGCAGUCGCUGUUGACAACCUCAACCUCGUUGUAGACAAAAUCCUAGAACGUGGUAACCUGCAGCUAUUGCCAACAGACAAUCUGCUUCAUCAGUGGCAAGAGCUGCCAUCACACUCCAUGAAUCCGGAGUUGUCAAAUGCCAUCAUCAGAGCUAGUGGUGGUGUUGUAGCUGCCAUGUCAAAGACCAACGGCCCUGCCAGUAUCAAUUUCAUCAGUUGGGCUGCCAUGAUAAGCGAAGCAACCAUUGCUGAAAACUCCUUUGAUACCCGCUUCGCAGCCGCCGAAUCUCUGCAAUCGUUCUUCCUGAUUAUCGGCGACGACUGCAAGACCGCCGACCAAAUCCCUAUCCUCCUUGCUCUAUAUGAUGUAUUGAACGACGAUGACGACGAGGUUCGAGACAUGGGCGCCGAUGCUGUGAAGCACAUUCUGGGCUCAUCUAUCGUGCCUAUCGAGGCAGCCUCACGCUUCCUCAGCUGGAUUGCAGAGAGCUUCCCUUCCGAGGCAAAGCUCAAGGAAAUCGCAUGUGCUCGUGUCAUUGGCGAAGUAACGCAAAGCGGCUGGAAACAGCCCAAUGUUCGUCUGGAAGAGUCGCUCCAGUUUGACGAUGCGCUGUUUGUGAUUGAGGAGCAGAAUCUCUUCAUCGAUGAAGUAAGAGAGACCUGGCGCUGGGCACAACUCAUUGAAGAGCUUUCAUGGACCGAAAAUGACGAGUCCUUGAAACAGCUGAAUCAGUGGGCUUCACAGGGUCUUGAUUCUCUGUAUAAUCAGUUCCAAAAGGAGGACGGCCCGCUUGGAUGGGCAUCCAGCCCGGAUGUGUUUGCCAUCUGUACAUAUAUUAUCGGCGCGGCGGUUGCAUUGACCAACGCAAAGCAGGCGAGCCAAGACCUUUCGUCGGCUAUGACCAAGGCACAUGAUGUUCUUAAAACAAAGGAGUCUCAUGUUUCCAGACUAUUGGUGGAUGCAUUGGAAAAAGCAGCAUAACUGGAGUUUUAUAUAAAUUUUAGCAAUGAAUACAUUUUCAACUUUUCAUGACACUCUGUAUAACAAUAUACGUCCCAAGAGAGGACCAACAAUGCAUCGUGUUUAUUCCUAAAAUCAAAUGGUAUGCAAUUAACGCAGUAUGACUUCUUAAAUUGAGGAUGUUGCCGCCUUGCUCAGUUCACUUCCAUCUAUGACACCAAGCCUACCCAGCUUUGCGACUAGCAUAGUGUUCUGGUUCUGCAGCUCGCGUACUUGGUCCUGUAAUAGCUGUGCAUGCUUAACAGCCAAGUCUCGCUCAGCACGAAGCCUAUCCACCUCGAGGCCCAGAUUCGACUUUUGCUCCUUCUCAAUCGUUUUUCUUCGACGUCUCUCUGCUCGACGGGCUUCUUGUUCCUUCUUCUCCUCCAGCUUUCUGAGCUCCUUGUUAUACUUCUCCUCUUGCUUAGCAACCUCCUUUUCAUGCUUUUCGCGCUUCUUAUUCAUGGAAGCUUCGUCUUUUUCCUUUUCGCCGAGCCUCUUAGUUUGCAUCUCGCUAAGCUUGCGCUCCAGCUUCUGUCGUCGCUCGUGGAGCUUGCGUAGCUCCUUGUUCAUAGGCUGACUGGAAAUCGACCUCGAGUCUUCGGACUGCUCUCCAAGUAGAGUGUCUACUUGUUCCUUUUCUGCAGUAAGACGUUUUUCAAUGGCUGACGUAAACGAUUGUACCGAGGAGUCAUCGCUAAAGGACGACUCGCCUUCCUCUGGAAUUGCCGCUGAUGAUAAGCUACCAAUGUCGCUUCCACCGUUGCUCAGAGAUCCAGAGAAUGUCUGGAUUAAAGAGGUUGGAACAACAGUCGAAGCGGCACCGAAGAUGCCAGCUAAGAUGCCGUAAAUGCCGUUGCUGUUAGGCAUGGGUUCAUCUUGCGCAUAGUCAGUCUGCUCAGUGUUAUUUCCGACAUGGAUGGUUGGUGUUGCUUGAGCAGUGGAUUCCUGCUCUGGAUUCUGGUCUUGUGCAUCUUUAGGAGCAUCUGCAGCUACUGGCUCAGGGUCUGCAAAGCCCCGUGCUGCAUUAUCAAUCACCCAGCUCAUAAACUUGCCUGCAUCCCCAACAAUACCGGGGGGCGUGCCCUUUUCAAUAAGAAAUCGAGGUACACUGCCUCCUGGAUCGCUUCGCGUAACCAUGAGCCAUUCUACUGAUGUAUGCUGUUUUGCUGGGGUAUCGUCUGUUGUCGUGUUAGGUGUGGCGGAUGACUGCAAGGACCGUCUAUCCCCAGGCAGCCUUAAGUCGGUAGACGAUUGAGAUCGUUUGGAUGUAUGUCUAUCAAUUAGGACUUCUCGAAUGAUCUCGACCGAUUCGUAUUGACCACGGAUGAUGCCCGGUCGAGUUGGGCAUGCUUCAUGAAGGCACGGUUUGGAAACCACAAUAUACUGGCGCAGUGGCUGACCAGUGUCGGGAGAUCGAUAUGACAAGUCGGAUGUUAAAAGCAGCGUAACAAAAUCUCGAGGUGAUGUCGGGC